AUGACCUCCUUUACCAAAUUGAGCGACCAGGAUACGCCUGUCAUCUCUGUUCAUCCUUCUCGGCCAGUCUCAAAGAUUAAUCCGAACAUCUAUGCCGGUUUCACCGAGCACAUGGGAAGAUGUAUCUACGGUGGUAUUUAUGAGCCAGGUAGCCCUCUCGCAGAUGAAAAUGGAUUUCGCAAAGAUGUCCUCGAAGCUCUGAAAGAGCUUGAUAUCCCUGUUGUUCGGUACCCCGGUGGAAACUUCUGUGCCACCUAUCACUGGUUGGAUGGUGUUGGUCCUAAGGAGCAGCGUCCAUCUCGACCGGAACUCGCCUGGCUCGGCACUGAGACGAAUCAAUUUGGAACGGAUGAAUUCAUGAAAUGGUGUGAGGUUCUUGGAACUGAGCCUUAUCUUUGCUUUAACUUUGGAACUGGUACACUUGAUGAAGCACUGGGAUGGUUGGAGUAUUGCAAUGGCACCAGAGACACAUACUAUGCCAACUUGCGACGGAAGAAUGGCCGAGAGGAGCCUUAUAAUGUUAAAUAUUGGGCUCUUGGAAAUGAGACCUGGGGACCCUGGCAGGUAGAGCAAGCAACAAAGGAAUCGUAUGCUCACAAGGCAGUGCAAUGGGCUAAGGCUCUCAAACUGCUUGACCCCAGUAUUGUCCUCAUUCUCUGUGGUCAAGAUGGGACAGCCUCAUGGGACUACUAUACUCUCAACAAAUGUCUUCUUCCAGCACACUCAGCACUAUCCACCAGUGCUGUUCCUUUAAUUGAUAUGCACAGCAUCCAUAUGUACACCUGCUCCUCGGAGCAUCUCCCCAACGCAACAGCCCCACGAGCCGCUGAGCGUGCAAUCGAAAUCACAUCAUCCCUAAUCGACCUUGCCCGCAUUGAAAAUGGUGUCCCACCGUCCCAGCCCCGCCCGACUAUCUGCUUCGACGAAUGGAACGUAUGGGAUCCCAUCCGCGCAGAGGGAAGCCUAGGCGCAGAAGAGAAUUACACUCUUUCAGACGCACUCGCCGUCGCCGUCUGGCUAAAUGUUUUCAUUCGCAAGAGCCGUGAUGUAGGCAUGGCUUGUAUUGCACAAAGCGUUAAUGUUAUCUCGCCGCUUAUGACAACCAAGGAGAAGACUAUCAAGCAGACAACUUGGUGGCCUCUGUACCUUUUCUCGAAGUUCAUGCGUGGAUCUACAAUUACGUCGCAUGUUGCUUGUGGCACCUAUGAAGGCGAGACUGCGCCAAAGUGGCUUCGUGGAACUGUUGAUACUCCUUGGCUAGAUGUUAGUGCUGCGCUUGGAGAUGAUGGCUUUGCUAAUCUGGCUGUGGUGAAUAUUCAUGAGAGCCAGGAUUUUGAGACCAUUCUUGAGGGUGUUGCCAGUAAUGCGCAGGUCUUUACUGUUACGGGUAAUCAUGUCGCAGCUUCGAAUAUGAAGGCUCAGGAAGAGGUUGGUGUGAAGGAGUCUGUGUGGAAUGGGGCUGGGAAGUAUGUGUUCCCUAAGCUUUCCUUGACUUUGCUUAGAUGGAAGCCGGAGUAA